AUGGGCGGAUUCACGAUCGUCAACGGGCAAGUCUACACGCCCGGCCUCGCCAUCGUCGACGCCCCACAGCCAAACACGCCUCUGGGAGGACAGAACCUCCAGGUUGCCAUUGACGUUUCGGGAAAUGGCAAGCUUCCAUGGCCUCCUUACACCCAGCCCAAGGACGGGCCGACGCUGUUUCACAGUAUCACUUUGUUCUUGACCUCGGAGACUCUGUCGCACAACUUCACCAUCUCCAACGGCACCAAACCUGCCGAUAAUACCACCGGUUACGUCGGCCGUGUGCUGGACCUGGAACCGUCAUCCACCGUGAAGCACGUCAACUGGAUAUGGCCCAAGUGUCUGGUCGGCGACGGUACUGGCAAGGACGAUUCUGCUCGGGGCGCGUACAACAUCUCCAUGCACCAGUCCUUCCGUUGGAAUGGCACAAACUACUACACUGUGUUUGAUCUCCCCAUUGCGGUGACGAACAGUAUCCCCGAGAGCGACGAGCGGGUGGAUUGCGCGUCCCUGGAGAAUAAACUUCUCAGCGUCGCCGAGAUCGAAGAGAGCUCCGACACUCUACCGGCACAGCCCUGGGUCAAUGGCACCAGUACCGACUCAUCGACCGCAUCGCCAAGUGCCACGGGUGCAGCACCAAGAAAGAACACGAUGCUGCUUCUUGCGACCGUUGGAACGGCCUUGACGGCGCUUCUCCACGCGCUGUGA